GGAAUUGGCGUAAGAAAAUUUAAUUUUGCUCGCUGCUAUUAACAGCGUACUGUUAAAACCGGCAGAUGAAUAAACAGCUGAUUGACGCAACCAGAGUGAAAGCGGAUUUGCCGACAAAACACAAAUAAUCCAUUCCACGUCCAAACAUGACUUCGACUACUCCUCUGGUUAUGCGCAUUAUGGCGCUGUCCAUCAGCACAGCAAAGCGAGCCGGAGUCAUUAUUCGCGAUGUGCUAAAACAGGGCGACUUGGGCAUCGUCGACAAGGGCAAGAAUGAUCCACAAACGGAGGCAGAUCGAUCCGCGGAAAAAUGCAUUAUUGCCUCCCUUUCGAAGAAGUUCCCCACCAUUAAGAUCAUUGGAGAGGAGGGUGGCACCGAUUUGAAUGUGUGCGACGAUUGGCUGGUCAGUGAACCGAAUGAAUCUUUCCUACAGCAAAGCUGUCCAGCUGCGUGGCAGGAUGCACAACCCGAAGACUUUGUGAUAUGGGUGGAUCCCUUAGAUGGCACAGCGGAGUACACACAGGGAUUUGUAGAGCAUGUCACUGUGCUGAUUGGCGUCGCCAUCAAGAACUCUGCAGUUGGCGGAAUUAUUCAUCAGCCUUUCUAUCAGCACGCCAGUGGGGAAAUUGGACGCACCAUCUGGGGACUCAAGGGUCUGGGCACGGGCGGAUUUACACCAGUGGCGCCGCCAAAAGAUGAAUUCAUUAUUACCACCACAAGAUCGCACUCCAAUGCGCUGCAUCAGCGGGCAGUGGAUGUGUUUAAUGCCUCGAAGGUGCUCAAAGUAGGCGGUGCUGGUUACAAAGUACUCCAGCUGCUAGAGGGCAAGGCGCAUGCUUAUGUCUUCGCCACUCCCGGCUGCAAGAAGUGGGACACCUGCGCUCCGGAGGCUGUUCUCGAGGCGAAUGGUGGCACAUUGACCAACAUCAAUGGCGAACACUAUGAAUACCAUGCCGAUGUGGAGCACGUCAAUCGCCGAGGUGUCUUGGCCAGUGUGGGAAGCGACCACAAGGAGCUGGUGGAGAAGAUUCCUCUGGAUGUGCGGCAGGCAGUGGGAAGCAAGUAGAUACUUAUUGUUCCCUUUUAUACGUAACAUUUGCACUACAGAAAAACAUUUAUAUUCUUUGACAAGCACUGGUUGAAGUCUGUCUUUAACUCAAUUUGACUAAGACAUUAAAUUCAAAUUUUAAAUAGAGAAAUAAGGCUUUAAGCCUUU